GGCAUGAACUGCUCCGGGUGGGGUGUGGCGUCGCAGUCCAUGGCACAUGCGUAACUUUCAUCCAGUGCCACAGUGCGUGCGUCCAGUGCGUGUGCUUAAAAGCCAUGGGCGCGCGCGCCUUUGCUGCGGUUCACAUGAGGGUGCUCUCUCUGUGUGGAACUGUGGAAGAGUGAGGAGAAGUCCUUGCGACGUUUCUGAGCUCUUGCGCCGCUCGGACCUUCGGUCGGAGGAGCGGAGCUGAGGUGGAGUUAAUAUUGCCCACCUUCACUUUUUCCUGUGUUGCUGUCCUUUUGGCUGGAGCAAGCGAGCCCAGGUGAGCAGGGGCGGAGGAGGCAGCACCCCAGGCCGCCGCCGCACCUCGAGCUGGCGAUGGCGCACCAGCGGGACGGCGAAGGCGGAGGCCACGAGGAGACGACCGGUGGCCUCGAUGGCGACGCCGAGACGGGGGCGGGCGCGCGCGUCGGUGGGCGCGUGCCGCCGUGGCGGGAGCAGCUGACGGCGCGCGGGAUGGUGGCAAGCCUGGCCGUCGGCGCCAUGUACAGCGUGAUCGUGAUGAAGCUGAACCUCACCACGGGGCUCGUCCCCACGCUCAACGUCUCCGCCGCGCUCAUUGCCUUCGUCGUCCUCCGCGGGUGGACGCAGGCGCUUGCCCGCCUCGGCGUCGCCACGCGCCCGUUCACGCGGCAGGAAAACACCGUCGUCCAGACCUGCGCCGUCGCCUGCUACAGCAUCGCCGUCGGAGGUGGAUUCGGAUCGUACUUGCUUGGGCUCAAUAAGAGGACCUACGAGAUGGCGGGGGAGGGGACGGAAGGCAACGUGCCGGGGAGCUACAAGGAGCCCGGCAUUGCCUGGAUGACAGGCUUCCUUCUCGCCGUCAGCUUUGUGGGACUUCUCGCGCUCAUCCCUCUCAGGAAGAUCAUGAUAAUUGACUACAAAUUAACUUACCCAAGUGGAACGGCAACGGCUGUGCUUAUAAAUGGAUUCCACACAACCCAUGGAGAUGCAAUGGCAAAGCAGCAAGUGAAUGGGUUCACAAAAUACUUUGCAAUCAGCUUCUUCUGGAGCUUGUUCCAGUGGUUUUACUCAGGUGGAGACAAUUGCGGGUUCUCACAGUUUCCCACUUUUGGCCUAAAAGCUUGGAAACAAACAUUUUUCUUCGAUUUCAGCCUCACAUAUGUUGGGGCAGGCAUGAUUUGCUCCCACCUUGUCAAUAUGUCUCUCCUUCUUGGUGCACUUCUCUCAUGGGGGGUUAUGUGGCCACUGAUAAGUGAUUUGAAAGGGGACUGGUAUCCAGCAGAUAUACCAGAAAGCAGCAUGAGAAGCCUUCAAGGUUACAAGGCCUUCAUCUGCAUAGCACUUAUCCUAGGAGACGGCCUAUACAAUUUUGUCAAGAUUGUUGCAUUCACCAUUAAGAGUAUGCUUGACAAAUCAAGACUGAAGAAAGCAAAGAAAGAGGAAGACAUUCCAAUACUCGAUGACAUUCAUCGUAAUGAAGUUUUUACAAGAGACAGUAUCCCUUCGUGGCUAGCCUACUCUGGAUAUCUUGCACUAUCACUCAUUGCAGUGUUUGCCAUUCCCUUGAUGUUCCGUGAGAUGAAAUGGUACUACGUUGUGAUAGCAUACUUAUUGGCUCCUGCCUUGGGGUUCUGCAAUGCCUAUGGAACUGGCCUUACUGACAUCAAUAUGGCCUACAAUUAUGGAAAGGUUGCCCUCUUCAUUCUUGCAGCCUGGGCUGGGAAAGACUCUGGUGUAGUUGCUGGCCUAGUAGGCUGUGGUCUGGUGAAAUCGUUGGUGUCAAUAUCCGCUGAUCUGAUGCAUGACUUCAAGACUGGGCAUCUAACGUUAACAUCACCUAGAUCAAUGAUUAUUGCUCAGGUUAUUGGCACUGCCAUGGGCUGUGUGAUUGCACCACUGACAUUCUUUCUGUUCUACAAGGCCUUUGACAUUGGCAAUCCAGAUGGAUACUGGAAGGCACCUUACGCGCUAAUCUACCGAAAUAUGGCAAUUCUUGGUGUGGAGGGCUUCUCCGCUCUGCCCCUUCAUUGCUUGCAGCUGUGCUAUGGAUUCUUUGGGUUUGCAGUGGUGGCAAACCUUAUGAGGGACCUCUUCCCACUAAAGUACGGCAAAUGGGUCCCCCUACCAAUGGCAAUGGGGGUUCCAUUCCUAGUUGGCGCGAGCUUUGCCAUCGACAUGUGUGUCGGGAGCUUGAUAGUCUUCACCUGGCAUAUGAUCGAUAAAAGUAAGGCGCCGUUAAUGGUGCCAGCAGUUGCAUCUGGUUUUAUCUGCGGCGAUGGGCUUUGGAUCUUCCCUGCAUCCUUGCUUGCCUUGGCCAAGAUCAAUCCACCAUUGUGCAUGGCUUUUAGAUCUACACACUAGAGUAACAUGCUGGACAUUAGAGGGCAGCUCCAUGUACAAUCAGAAAAGAUACUGCCAUGCCAAAGUGCAGUAAAUAUUUUAUAGUUGAGAUGUGAUACUGUUAUGUGGGGCCGGCCCUAUAGUCGCUGCAAUAGGAAAUAGGGCUGGCGGCGGCGGCAGCACAUCACAACUUGCCUUUUAUUAGGAGAUAAAUUUGGUAGGAGUCUGAUUUGAUUUGGUUAGGAUAUAGGAUUUGAUUUAGUUUUCAAUUCAGAGAGAGAUAAGUUAGGAAAGUUAGGGUUUGAAAUCGAACUAGGAUUGUAAUCACCUCCCUAUACAAGAGAGGUAAUAUCAUAAUAAAGGCCAUCAAUAGUUAUUCCCUA